UAGAGACAUAGUCUCCCCACCAAUCCGGCGGACGCCUCUGCCUCUGCGGCCUCUCUCUCUCUUGCGUUACUUCCUGCUCGUCUCUCGGUGUCUCGCCUGCAUCGAACACCGGAAAUGCCUCGGCUGUAGCUUCACUCCCCUGCUCUGGUUCUUGCGACGUUGGCAUUGUUUGAGCUAUGGUUGUAUCCGUAGCAAAUUCGAGCUCAUAGACUGAAAAAAAGUUAGCAACUUCGAAGAUGUAUACAUCGACCAAGCAAGUAUAUAUUAGGUUACAAACUCAUCUCAUACUAGUCCGAGGCCUUUAAGAGUGAUCCAAAUAUAAAUUCAUCCUGGCUUGGCUCCACCUAAGACAGAAAAUGCAGUCAACAAUCCCAACAUAACCAACAAUAAAGUGACUUGGUUUGGAGCCGAGCCGAUAGAAUAGUGCGAAGGAGUAUCCGACGUGGCAAGAAAGAAGGUGGUCUCGUUUAUUACUAGUCCCCCUUUCCUAAUAUCCAACACGUGGGCUUCUCCUACAUGUUAGAAGUGGACCUCCGUCUCCGCAUUUCGCUAUAUAUAUACAUGUAUUCAAUCACUCAAAUUCAAACACAAUCAAAUUCUAUUAUACUAUCUCUCUUACUAAACAUCAAUCCUUCCACACUUCCAAAAUAGGUUGCCAUGACCACUCCCAAAUUAUAUGCAAGUGAACUUGGGUCUUGUACACACAACUCAUUCCCAUUCCACAAGCCACAACCACCACAAAAGCACUCCUCCCACACCAUCAAAUGCUCCCUCCACACCCCCACACUCCACUUCCCUAAACAAUCCUCCACUAUCUCCUCCCCUCAAAACCAAACUCCCCAAUGGAACAUCCUCCAAAAGGCUGCCUCGACUGCCCUGGAGGCUGUCGAGGCCGCCCUCACCGCCCACGAGCAGAAACACCCGCUCCCGAAAACUUCCGAUCCCCGGGUCCAAAUCGCCGGGAACUUCGCCCCGGUGCCCGAGCAGCCCGUGAGGCACAACCUCCCCGUGGUCGGAAAAAUCCCGGACGCCAUCCGCGGCGUCUACGUCAGAAACGGCGCGAAUCCGCUCUUCGAGCCUGUGGCCGGGCACCACUUCUUCGACGGCGACGGCAUGAUCCACUCCGUCCAAUUCCAAAACGGCGCCGUUAGCUACGCGUGCCGGUUCACCGAGACGCAGCGCCUCGUCCAGGAGCGCUCCCUCGGCCGGGCCAUUUUCCCCAAGGCCAUCGGCGAGCUCCACGGCCACUCCGGCAUAGCGAGGCUCCUCCUCUUCUACGCCCGCAGCCUCUUCCGCCUCGUCGACCCCACCCGCGGCACCGGCGUCGCCAACGCCGGCCUAGUCUUCUUCAACAACCGCCUACUCGCCAUGUCCGAAGACGACCUCCCUUACCACGUCAGAGUCACCCCCUCCGGCGACCUCAAAACCAUCGGCCGUUACGAUUUUAACGGACAGCUCGACGGAACAAUGAUCGCUCAUCCUAAAAUUGACCCGGCCACCGGAGAAAUGUUCGCCCUGAGCUACGACGUCAUCCGGAAGCCAUACCUCAAAUACUUCCGCUUCCAAAAAAAUGGUGAAAAAUCGGAUGAUGUCGAAAUUCCGGUGGCGGAGCCGACAAUGAUGCACGACUUCGCCAUCACGGAGAAUUUCGUGAUCAUCCCCGACCAGCAGGUGGUGUUCAAGCUGUCGGAGAUGAUUCGGGGCGGCUCUCCCGUCGUCUACGACAAAAACAAGUCAUCCAGAUUUGGCGUAAUGAAUAAGUACGCCAAAUCUGCGAGUGGGAUUAACUGGGUCGAGGUGCCAGACUGCUUCUGCUUCCAUCUCUGGAAUGCAUGGGAAGAGCCGGAAACAGACGAGGUCGUCGUCAUCGGCUCCUGCAUGACCCCGCCGGACUCCAUCUUUAACGAAUGCGACGAGGGAUUGAAGAGCGUUUUAUCCGAAAUCCGGCUAAAUUUGAAGACCGGAAAGUCCACAAGGAGGCCGAUCAUGUCCGAGGCCGAUCAGGUCAACCUCGAGGCCGGCCUGGUCAACCGGAACAGGCUCGGGAGGAAAACUCGCUACGCCUAUCUCGCCAUCGCCGAGCCCUGGCCUAAAGUCUCCGGUUUCGCAAAGGUCGACUUGUUAACCGGGCAAGUCGAAAAAUUCUUUUAUGGAGACGAGAAAUACGGAGGCGAACCUCAAUUCCUCCCAACCUCGUCCUCCUCUGAGGACGAGGGCUACAUUUUAGCCUUCGUGCACGACGAAAAGAACUGGAAAUCCGAGCUACAGAUUGUGAAUGCGAAGACGAUGAAGCUAGAGGCGACGGUUAAGCUUCCUUCGCGAGUUCCUUACGGAUUUCACGGUACAUUCAUUGCUGCGAAGGACUUGGCCGGACAGCUUUGAUUUGGCUGGAAUUAGGUGAUUUUCAAACAGUGCAGAAUUGCCUGAGGGAUGGCUGCGAUGCGUCCCCGGAAUCUUGCUGCUGUAUUGAAGAAGAGCCCUCCAUUUGUUCAUGUGGAAGAGGCUUAAUUACAUUAAUUUGGAAUGUUUUUUUUUGUUGAAAUUUAAUGUGGGGGGGUUUUAGGAGAAAGCAGCUUGUAGCUUUGGGGUUAUGGAAGCUCAGCUGUUUACUGCUUAUUCUUUCACAUUUUGUGUGCAAAUCUCAUAUUUUUAAUGAUUUUACACAGCAACACUUUGUGAUUUAUUACUAUUACUAUUCGUUCGGUUUUGCUCUGUUUACAUACCAAUAAUUUCUGAAUUAUUUACUUCGAUAACUAAAAAUAGAAACAUUUUUUAUUUUAUU